AUGGCUUCCCAAAAAAUCACCUCCGCCCUCGCGGAGAUCGAAUCCUCCGCGAACCCCCAAAACAAGCUGCAGCUCUACAACAACCUCCUCAGCGACAUCGUAUCGACGUCCACAGAACCCCAGAUUUCUAGAGACCUAAUUUACUUUCUUGACUCCGUCCUCAGCGAAGACAUCAGCAUCGUCGCCGCCCGCCCCAUCCUCGACUCCUUCAUCGUCGUCCUCCGCAAACUCACCCAAGAAACCCAAAUCAGCGUCGGCCAACACGCCAUCACCCUCCUCCAAUCCCGAUCCACCUCUGUCGAAGAACAAGACGCGCAGAUCCGCGAGCUCCUCGCAGAUGCCUACGAAGCCGAAGGCCAGUACACCGACGCCGCAAAAGCCCUGCAGGGCAUCCACAUCGACAGUUCGCAGCGUCUGGUCUCCGACGCAGCCAAGGUGCGGCUAUGGAUCCGGAUUGUGAGAUACUACCUCGAGGAAGACGAUACCACAAGUGCGGAGGCUUUCUUGAACCGCAUCAAGAACCUACCGAGUAAGAUCGAGGAUCAUGAGUUGAAGCUACAUUUCAAGCUAUCCCAGGCUCGUAUAUUGGAUGCUCGCCGACGCUUUCUCGAUGCUAGUCAGGAAUACUUCAAUGUUAGCCUUGCGGCGGGAGUGGAUGAAGCGGAUCGAUUGCAGGCCUUGGCGGCUGCUAUUCGGUGUGCGGUGCUCGCUCCGGCCGGGCCGCAGCGGUCUCGGAUCCUCGCGACGUUGUAUAAGGAUGAUCGGUCGACGUCGGUGGAUGAGUUUGCUAUCCUGGAGAAAAUGUUCCUGGAUCGGUUGCUGACUCCAGAGGAGGUGGCUGCGUUCGCGCAGCGGUUGGCGCCGCAUCAGUUGGCUGUGACGGCUGAUGGGUCUACGGUGCUUGAUAAGGCUGUUGUUGAACACAAUUUGGUUGCGGCCAGCAAACUUUACGAAAAUAUUACGACUGAUGCGUUGGGUGCGAUCCUGGGGCUUCAAGGGAGCGGGGACUUCACGGCGGGGGAGAAGGCGGAAGAUUAUGCGGCGAGGAUGGUCGAGCAGGGUCGAUUGAAGGGGAGUAUUGAUCAGAUUGACGGGAUAAUAUACUUCGAUGGAGGAAAUGCGACUACAGGACAGCAUAUCCGGCAGUGGGAUGCUGGGGUGCAGGGUUUGGCCGAGGACGUGGAGAGAGUGGCUACCAGCAUUACCAAUGCGUUUCCAGUGAGUACUAUCAUUUCAGUACAAUUGUGGUCUACAGUGAGCUAA